UUCUUUGACCAAAUCGAUCAUCUUUCAACGAAUGGUUCUGUCUUCAAACCGGGAAAAGGUACUGUCUUGUAUUAAAAGACUGGAUUUUAGAAGAGCUUUAUGUAAGAAAAAUCACGUCUUUUUGGUUUUGGUAGAAAUUUUUUGAACAUCUUCGCCCCAAAAUUCUCUAUAUUUGUUAGAUGGAAUCGAUGACGAAGAGAUUGAAGCAAUAUCUGAGAUAUGGGUCAGUGAAAAAGAAGGAAAGAAGCAUGAAGGAGGAGAGAUGGUUUUUGGAGAACGGAAGCGUCUUCUUAAAAGAGCUCAUCGCUGAUUGUAAUGGUAAAUCCAUUCCUAUACGUAGCUUUACUUCUUCCCAGAUCCGUAAAGCCACCAAUAAUUUCGAUUCCAGUUGUUUUGUCGCUCAAGAAGGGUUCUACAUAUGGUACAGAGGUGUAAUCGAAGAUAGAUCUUACAUGAUCAAGAGAUUCUCUGAGUAUAAAGUUACUGAUUACAGAGUUGGGGAGGUUUAUAAAGACAUUGUCUUGUCUGCUCGGAUGAGCAACCACAACAAUUUUCUUAAACUAUUAGGAUGUUGUCUUGAGUUCCCUUUUCCGGUUCUUGUGUUUGAAUAUGCUGAAUAUGGAGUUUUGAAUCACAGAGGAGGUGUUAUGAUUAACGGGGAGGAAUCUUUAUUGCCUUUGAGUUUAAGGUUGAAGAUUGGGAAGGAGAUUGCAAAUGCCUUGGCUUAUCUUCACAUGGCGUUUCCUAAGAUCAUCAUUUAUAGAGAUGUUAAGCCAAUGCAUGUUUUCUUGGACAAGAACUGGAUUGCAAAGUUGUCUGAUCUAUCUUUCUCAAUAUCGCUUGACGAGGGAAAGUCACAGAUAGAAGCUGAAGACGUGCUUGGUACAUAUGGGUACCUUGAUCCAUUGUACUUUGCAACUAGACUUGUGACAGAAUAUACCGAUGUGUACAGCUUUGGAAUCUUUUUGAUGGUUAUUAUGACUGGCAGAUCGGUUUACUUCACCGGAUCUGAUGGGUACAUUGUAGGUAUUCGUGGAUAUGUGAAAGGCUUAUAUGAGAAUGGGAAGCUCAGUGAAGUCAUAUGUCCUAUGAUGAUGAAAGACAUUACAAGUGCUCAAAGAGUACAGGUGGAAGCUUGUGUUUUACUUGCUCUGAGAUGCUGUGAGGAGAGGGAUGAAGACAGACCGAAGAUGAUUCAGGUAGCUAAAGAACUCAAACGGAUUGAGACAUCAAUUUGAGAUCAUAGCUAGAGAUCAUUUCUGCUCUUAGAUUGUAUAGCCAAGUUUCAGAAUCAUUACUUUCUCAAGUUUUGAAAGCAUAUGAUUAUAGACCUGAAGAAUGCAAAAAGCUUAAGGGGUUAGAAAGACUUGCCAAAGCAUCUUUAUCUGAACCAAACAAUGUCUACUCUGUGUAGAGUUAGUUGUCUAAAAGUCUUUGCUUGAUGCUUAUAUAUGGGUUUCCUCUGUUUUUCAGACUUCUCUAGUAUUUUUGUAGAUAGUAACAUAACCCUAGAUGGCUAGAUUUCAGUUUGGCCCUGAUGGUGGCGUAAUAAAACUGUGAAGCUAUCUCUGCAUUAUUAGUUGCAGAACUUUCAAAGAUGGUUUACAAUCAAUGCCCAAGUUCACAUCUACUUUCCAAGCUACGUUUGCCUGCAUAUUUGGUAUAUCAUAGACAUAAGUAAUCAUGGAAACAAGAACGACUUCUAAUUAGCAGGAAACUGUAGUAAGAAUCCAAAACAACAGGAUACAUAAAUGCACAGAUACAUAUAGGUAAGUGUAGUAGAUGUUUCUUUUUGGUGCAAGCCUAUAUAGACUAAACACACUACACUCAUAAUAGAAUAGAAGGUCAAAAGUUCAAAUCAUUUGUUUCUG